AUGAACAACCAAAGUGCACUUAUCGUGGAUUUACGUAGAAAGAUUCUUCAAUCGCGCAAAUUGAUCGACAUUUAUCAGUGGCUAAUCGAUUCAUACGUUCUCGAUUUCUACGUUGACAAUCACUGGGACCGUCUGCCACCAUGCUGGCAGACUUGUUUCGAACGUAUCAAGGUGCAAGAACUUCAGGCUUUGCUAACGGACGAUUCCGAUUCUGGAAAAUCCACAGUAUGGCCUCUUUCAAUAUUAGCUAUUCGGGUAUUGCUGCGGGAAUUAAGUAUAUCAAGAAAGCUUCGGCAGACCGACACUGGUUCUGAUUCAAAAAAGCAACAGACAGCAUUCUGCUGUCACAAAAAAUUGUUUGAUAAGUCGGUGAAACUGAAAAAGCGACACGAAAUUGAAAAAUUCUGCGAAGAAUGUUGGUUGACAGGCCAAACCACGAAUGUGGAACAUCUGGUAGAUGUUGGAUCAGGACAAGGCAAUCUAGCUCGUUCGCUGAACUACGGUUAUGGAUUGCAGGUUUGUUGCAUUGAACAGGACGAACAACUGGUCAACACAGCGAAGCUCAAAGAUGAAGAACUAUCCUGUCGACUAAAAAAACAGUUCAAAAUUGAGUCUACCCAUCAUCCGGUUCAUCUUAGCAGAAAAGAAAACCUAGAAAUGAUUGAUCCUUGUAAAUUUGUACAAAUGAUUCUUGACUCAUUCAACAUAGAGGCGAGCACACCCUUCCGAUUCGGUUUGAUUGGACUGCACCCCUGUGGUGAUUUGGCAGUCAUUUUAAUAAAACUAUUUCUCUCUUGUCCGGAAGCUACAUUCAUUAAAAUAGUGUGCUGCUGCUACAUGAAACUGUCGACGAAGGAAGACAAAACGAAAAGUUUCGGCUUUCCAUUAAGCGAAUUUAGCAACAAACAUAGGCUGAAGCUAAGCUACGAAGCACGGGAAAUCGCCUGCCACGCAGUGGAACAAUACUGUAACAAACUGCAAACGGAUUAUGAUGAGCUGAAAGUGCAUGCUUUCCGAGCGGCCGCUGAGAAAAUCAUCGUCAAACUGCACCCCCAGCUGAAACAUUCCGGACUGAAGAGUACAAAAGUGACUAACAUGAGCUUUCAACAGUACUGCGACAAGGCACUCGCCGGACUGGGAAUCGAACUACCUCAGGCGGAAACGCAAUCCGAAGACACCCGGUCCAAUCUGAGCAACUGGCAGCGGGUGGUGAAAUUCUACACCUUACGGUUGAUGUUCGCACCGUUAAUUGAAUCGGUGAUUCUGUACGAUCGGUGGCUGUACCUGCUGGAGCAAGGCAUUUCUAGCAAAAUCGAGGUGUUGUUCGAUCCGGUUCUAUCUCCCAGAAAUCAUGCCUUAACCGGGUGGAAAUAAUGUAGCCAAUUCACUUUGAUAAAUAUAUAUUCUGUUAACAUCACUAAAAAGCUGCGUGGAUUGGAUUCAUCUACAUCCAUCUAGAUUACUAGUUAAAUCAGAUAGUAAUUGACGUAGGUUUAAAAUGAAUAA